AUGGGUAAGCUAGCGCUUUUGGUCUUUUUGACACCUUUAUCAGUUAUAGUAGCUACGUUCAUCACAAAGUCAUAUUUUAUUUCCGACUCGGAUGUGUCGCGAGUGUGUGGAUUGGGAUCUGUGAGACAAACGUUACGUCGACUGGUCAUCCAUUAUUCUAUGAAUAAUCUGAGGGAUCUUCUUCUCGACGAUGAUCUCUUGGUUCCAAUUGUUGAAAUAGAGCCUUGGGCAUGCCUUGAAGAAGCGGACUUUUCUUUCAACGAGUUGAAAAACGUUGACGAAAGCGUCCGACUACUGGGGGGUGUUCGAAAGCUGAACUUCAGUCACAACAAUGUGACGGAUAUUGGACCAUAUCUCCAACAUCUUACCUGCCUUACAGAACUGGAUUUGUCUUCUAAUGGAAUCACCUCAGUGCAGCACUGGAAUGAAAUGUUGGGUAAUUUGAAAAAGCUGGUUCUAGCCAACAAUGCUAUAAAAGAUGUAUCUGGAUUAGCUCGCCUAUACUCCUUGGAAUUUCUGGAUUUACGGCAUAAUGACAUAGAUACGGUGGCUUCGGUGUACCCUCUAGGUGGACUGCCAUGUUUGGAGGUUCUCCAUUUGCGUGGCAACCCCGUUCGGAAAAUG